AUGGCAAGUCUUCGCAUCGAUUGUGGUAAAAUAUAUAUAAAAAUCGCUCUUAUUGUCGCGUUUCUGGUAACAGCCAAUUGGGCAUAUCCAGUGGACGAUAAAGAACCAGUACUGCAAGUUGAAUAUACACAGGAGCAUGUGGAGGGCACAGACAACUCCUCAGUCAUCCAAUCCACCUCCCGAAUCUACAACUCCACGGCAAACAACAGGUUCUACCUCAACAGCGAUUCCAACAUCCACAGGGGCAGUGACAACUUCAACCGCGAUUCCAACAUCCACAGGAGCAGUGACAACUUCAACCGCGAUUCCAACAUCCACAGGAGCAGUGACAACUUCAACAGCAAUUCCUACCUCAACCGGUCCAGUGACUACAUCAACCGCUUUGCCAGCAAUUGCCAACGGUGGCUUCUUCUUCAUCCACAACAACAACAGAAUCUACAACAUCAACUGCCGUGGCUUCAUCUUCAUCGACAACAACAGAACCUACAACAUCAACUGCCCGGUGGCUUCUUCUUCAUCGACAACAACAGAACCUACAACUUCAACUGCCGUGGCUUCUUCUUCAUCCACAACAACAACAGAACCUACAACAUCGACAGCAGUGGCUUCUUCUUCAUCGACAACUACAACAGAACCUACAACAUCAACUGCCGUGGCUUCUUCUUCAUCGACAACAACAGAACCUACAACAUCAACUGCCGUGGCUUCUUCUUCAUCCACAACAACAACAGAACCUACAACAUCGACAGCAAACCUACAACUUCAACUGCCGUGGCUUCUUCUUCAUCCACAACAACAACAGAACCUACAACAUCGACAGCAGUGGCUUCUUCUUCAUCCACAACAACAACAGAACCUACAACAUCAACUGCCGUGGCUUCUUCUUCAUCCACAACAACAGAACCUACAACAUCAACAGCAGUGGCUUCUUCUUCAUCGACAACUACAACAGAACCUACAACAUCAACUGCCGUGGCUUCUUCUUCAUCGACAACAGAACAUACAACAUCAACUGCCGUGGCUUCUUCUUCAUCCACAACAACAACAGAACCUACAACAUCGACAGCAGUGGCUUCUUCUUCAUCCACAACAACAACAGAACCUACAACAUCGACAGCAACAGCGGUGGCUUCUUCUUCAUCGACAACAACAGAACCUACAACAUCAACUGCCGUGGCUUCUUCUUCAUCCACAACAACAACAGAACCUACAACAUCGACAGCAGUGGCUUCUUCUUCAUCCACAACAACAACAGAACCUACAACAUCAACUGCCCCAACCUAUAACAUCAACAGCGAUGGCUUCUUCUUCAUCGACAACAACAGAACCUACGACAUCGACAGCCGUGGCUUCUUCUUCAUCGACAACAACAGAACCUACAACAUCGACAGCCGUGGCUUCUUCUUCAUCGACAACAACAGAACCUACGACAUCGACGGCCGUGGCUUCUUCUUCAUCGACAACAACAGAACCUACAACAUCGACACCCGUGGCUUCUUCUUCAUCGACAACAACAGAACCUACAACAUCGACAGCCGUGGCUUCUUCUUCAUCGACAACAACAGAACCUACAACAUCGACAGCCGUGGCUUCUUCUUCAUCGACAACAACAGAACCUACGACAUCGACAGCCGUGGCUUCUUCUUCAUCGACAACAACAGAACCUACGACAUCGACAGCCGUGGCUUCUUCUUCAUCGACAACAACAGAACCUACGACAUCGACAGCCGUGGCUUCUUCUUCAUCGACAACAACAGAACCUACAACAUCGACAGCCGUGGCUUCUUCUUCAUCGACAACAACAGAACCUACAACAUCGACAGCCGUGGCUUCUUCUUCAUCGACAACAACAGAACCUACAACAUCGACAGCCGUGGCUUCUUCUUCAUCGACAACAACAGAACCUACAACAUCGACAGCCGUGGCUUCUUCUUCAUCGACAACAACAGAACCUACGACAUCGACAGCCGUGGCUUCUUCUUCAUCGACAACAACAGAACCUACGACAUCGACAGCCGUGGCUUCUUCUUCAUCGACAACAACAGAACCUACAACAUCGACAGCCGUGGCUUCUUCUUCAUCGACAACAACAGAACCUACAACAUCGACAGCCGUGGCUUCUUCUUCAUCGACAACAACAGAACCUACAACAUCGACAGCCGUGGCUUCUUCUUCAUCGACAACAACAGAACCUACAACAUCGACAGCCGUGGCUUCUUCUUCAUCGACAACAACAACAGAACCAACUACACAAAAUGGAAUAUGCACUAUCUUUCCCCACUUACCAAUAUAUGGAGUCAUUAA